AUCGAGUGUGAAGCAGACACAAAGUAGCACUUGGUGAUUCCGGAGCCGGCAGAGCAGUGUCUGUCUGUCUGUGUGUGUGUGAGAGAGAGAGAGAGAACCACGGGGACCGGCCGGACUAGCAACCCCCUCACUCCCCUGAUUAUGGUUUCUCACAACUGAGAGACAGACACCCAGUUCCCUGCCCUCACCCAGGGGCCAGCCAACAUCACUCAAGUCAGCGAAGGCUCCUCUCCCAACCCCGGGGGGCGCCUGGCUGCAUUUAUUGAACCCCUUUUUCCAAUUUUUUUUUCUAACUUAUUUCCCCUCCCCUCUUCAAAUAUUAAAUGUACAACUUGAUGGGUCUGAACAGCACAGCCGCAACGAAUCAGCCCAAUGUCUCCUGCACAUGCAACUGCAAACGCUCUUUGUUCCACAGUAUGGAGAUCACUGAGUUGGAGUUUGUCCAGAUCAUUGUGAUAGUGGUGGUAAUGAUCGUGAUGGUCGUGGUGAUUACCUGCCUGCUUAACCACUACAAACUCUCCACACGGUCUUUAAUAAACAGACAGAGUCACAUGAGGAGGCAAGAAGACACGUUGCAGUCGCAGCAGAUCUACACACCCAGGUCGACAGACAGAUUGACGGUCCCGUCUUUCCUACAACGAGAUCGGUUUAGUCGUUUUCAGCCCACUUACCCCUACCUGCAGCAUGAAAUUGACCUGCCCCCCACCAUCUCUCUGUCAGACGGUGAGGAGCCCCCUCCCUAUCAGGGGCCAUGUACCCUCCAGCUCCGUGACCCUGAACAGCAGAUGGAACUGAACCGUGAGUCAGUCCGAGCACCCCCGAAUAGGACUAUCUUUGACAGUGACCUGAUAGACACGUCGAUUUACAACAGUGGGCCCUGCCCACCAAGCAGUAACUCUGGAAUCAGUGCUACCAGCUACAGCAACAAUGGCCGAAUGGAAGGACCCCCGCCCACUUACAAUGAGGUCAUAGGUCACUACCCUGGAUCGACCUUUUUCCAGCACCAGCAGAAUCACGGCGUCCUCUCUGUGAUGGGCAGCGACAGACUUCAGCACCCUCAGAACCAUGGCCUUGAGAGUACAGUUGUCCGGAACAGCAAAGACAAAAAGACCGGACAUCCCUUCUGAGACCCACUCUGUGCACUUCAACUCAAACCAGGGGGCCCAGGUGAGCGGGGAGUGGGAGAGCAUGGUCAGCCACACUUGCUCCUCCUUCCUCCUCUGCUCCCCCCACCCACCCCCACCCAAUUGUAUAAAGUUAAUACUUAGCUAUGUCACAUCUGAAUCGAACAUCAAGCAUAAGGCUUCAGGUAGUUCUACUGAGCUACUUUAGAUAAGGAAGUUCCAAUACUCUGUGUUCCUUUAAAAAGAGACCUUAGUUUAAGCAAUGUAUGUAAAAUGCUGUCUUUAAUUAUCUCACUUAACUUUAAAGAAACAUUUGCACAAAAUUUUAUGUUUGAAGAACCUGCAAUAUGUCAAAUGAGAAAACUGCAUGUGGAGGCAGGAGUAUUUUUGUAUUAGAAACGACCUAUACGAAAAUGACUUUUUUUUUGUUUUGUUCCCAGAUGAGAGAAUUGGCAAUUUUUGGAGUGCCAUCUCAGUGUGUCUCUAAACAUUUCUGUAUAUUAAAAAAAGGGGGUUUGGAGUUAUUUAUGAACACUUUUGAAACAUUGCACUAUUUUGUAAUAUGAGUAACAAGCAGACACUUAUUAUAGUGAUGGCCUCCAGUGUCUGCCACAGAUGUAUGAACAAGCAAAGACAUUCUUGGUUAUAGAAGUGCUGAGCUACACAGAGAAAGUCCUACAGGCCCCAGAUCUGUUGGGAAAAGAAACUGCAAUGAUAUGUUAAAAUAGAGCAAAGCUAGAGGGUUAUGACAUUCGGAAGAAAUUGUGCUUUAAGAUUAGAAAAAUGGGAGUUGCAAGGAAUCUCAUCUGCUCUUCCUUGUGACUCUUUGUGACAUGAUGGACCCAGUACUGUGAAUCCAGCUUGCAGGACAUCUUCAGCAAAAUCAUCAGGAUAGAAAAUAGUCAUGGAAAAGAUAACCAAAGACACAGUCCUCUUUAUACCCAGUGCGGGGUAAUAAAAUAUGAUUUGUGACAAUUUUGGUACCUUUUAGCAUGUCUGAAAAAAAAAUGUGUAGUAACUUUUAAGAGACCGUUCCCUUUAAUGUCAACACUGGCCUCAUUUUUGAAUUGAUUCAAGUAAAUGUGAUGGUGUUAAUUGGAUGCAAAUCAAGUUUGGAAAAUUCUAUAUGCUUUGGGAGACGGGAUAGGGGUCCAGGACAGGAAUGAUGACUUUGCAUAUCGUGACUUGGCAUGGGUUGGAUGUGUGAGUGAGUCACUGGUAACGCAAGGUGCACUUCCCCCCCUCCCACCCCACAAACCUAUUCUUGAGGUUUAGACCAGGCAGUGUGGAGUUGGCUCAUGCUUCAGAAAAGUCAAAUACUUCCUUGCCUGCUGUUCCCAUUCUCUCCCAACUAUAAGUUCAAAAUUCCCCAAAUGGAAGAAGAACAAAGUAUGGCUAACUUCUUGGGAAAGGGAGGAUGAGAUACAGAGGGCCGGAAUGAUCACUUCAAACAGGAAAGAUCGUUUGGCAUUUUGAUCACCUCCACUUGAGCUCAUAAUGGCUGAUAUACUGACUUUGCUUUAUCUGUGUAUAAGUUUGAUGUUUGGUAUGGAGACUCCCACGUUUAUGUAUGACCCAUUUGCUCUCGGUAGCCCAAUGAUUUGAAGACGGACAAGAAGUUGAGGGUUCUAUACAGUCAAAAGCCCUGGUUGGAUUUCCAUUGCAUUUAUAAUUUAUUGACUGGCUGAAGAUUGAAGAUUUGAUUAAAAUGUACUUGUCCUCACCUCCUGAUCCUGUUCCUCCAGUGGGCAAUGACGUACUCAAUCAACUGAAGUUCUUAAUUGCACCAUUACGUCCACAUCUUUCCAUAGUUCCCUGACCAAGCCAUUAACCCACAAUCCCUGGCAGCUCCAAAGAUGUAUGUCUCCAGUUUUCCACUUUCAGUAACACAUGAACCUCAAGAUGGCGUCUACUUUCCAGUUUGUUAUAUUAUCGGUCAGAUAGUAGUGAAGCUUUAAAAAGGUGCCUAUGAGAUGGAUCCCUCUUUUUGAUUUUUGUGCCAGUAUCAGGUUUGGUGCUUCACACUCAGGUUUGUGAUAGCUAAAGAAAUCUCUAGGGAGAGUCCAUCAGACACUGACCCUAUAGCUUAACACAGGGAUUGGAGAAUGGCAGAGAUGCUGACUUGUUUAGAGCAAAGCUUGUGUUAAUGGAACUCUUCAAUCAGCUGGAGAUAACAACAGAUCCCGUACAGAUCUGAUGUGGUACCUUGCUUACACUGCUGUUGGAGAGAGUUACCAAGAUGCAUCGAACAUCUUUCAGACAUGUCUUCAAUUCUGCCUUUGGUGUAUGGGGCAAGAUUAAAUAUUCUCUUGUCACCCAUAUUCAGCAGAGUCUAAAGAGUGGUGAUGUGGUCCUGUAACCUUUUGCUUGGGCACAUCAGUCUCUUGCUGCCUUUGCCAGGUUUUCCAAUUUGCCCAUAUCAUGGUCUUGGCUGCCAAGGCUGAGUGCAGUCUAAGCUCUAAGAAUGAGCUGACAUGCAAUUUCUAGAAGGGGUGUGAUCCAAUCUAGAGCAUCAGUCUGGCUGUUCCUGGGAUGAAGAAACUUGUAAUCUCCCUUCUGCUUAAAGACCUUAUUGACUAGUUUCCAUUCACUGGGCAGGUACAUAAACUCCGCAGGGUAGCUGCCUACCACUCACCAAGUCAGCUACCUGCGUGACUCGCCUCUUCCACAGCCUACCAAAUAUUAGUCUUGACUUCUGAUUCCUAAUGGCCAAGUUAGGUUAAAAUUGUCUUAGAGUCUGAGUAGAUUUUAACUGAGUUGUGAAUGGCCUGUCAAUCUCCUAAGUUAAUCAGUCUGCAGAAAGUAACCAAGGUAGAGAUUAUAGUUAAAUCCAUAUUUGCCAUUUAUCCUCCAGUUCCUGCUUUAUUGCUGCAUGACAUGGACACAUGCACUGUGCAGUUUAGCACUGCAGCUGCCAUUGUUUCAGACUGCACUACUUUGUACCUUUUAACCUAUGGGCUGCCAGAAUUUCCUACACGUUAGUUUUAAUAACAAAUAUUGUCUUGAAGUGUACGACUGUGGGGAGUUUUGCUGCUGUUGGCCGAAGGGUGAGAAUUUCACUGUUUCCACUGUUUUGAAUUUACUUUCUCUGAAAUUGCUUAAUCGCCCUGAACACCCUAUUGCUAUUUGACAUCUGUCAUUUUGGCACGGUGAGGUGCUGGUUGCUGAAGGUUCUUUACAAGUUGCUAUGUGAUUGAGAGUAUUUGUUGCUCUUAAUAGACCCACUUUAAGAGUUCUGCAGGCUGGGAGAGGAAUCGUCCAUGUGCAAUUCAGAAGGGGAGAGAGAUAAUAUUUCUUAAGAAUUCCACUUUAUGUUAACACUCCUGCGUUCCACAAGUUUUGUCUCUUGUUAAAAGUGCUGCUUUGUUCAAUUUACCACCCUGCCCUGCACCCCCCCCUCCCAUUUUCAUUUCCUCUUACACCCUCACUGCCAUCCCCUGCACCCAUUCUCUCUCUCUCUCUUUGGUGCUGUGUAUAGCUUGAACAUAUUCGUACAUCCUCCCCAGUGGUGAAAGAAGAAUUUGUAUUAUGGAUAUUGCAUGUAGUUUAAAAAAUAGUAUUAACCAAAUGAAUGGAAUCUUGUGAAACCUAACUUGCACCACCAUUGCAUGAUGUUACAGUCAAGUUCUGUUCAGUCUAAAGUCGAGAAUGGAUUAAAGAGGACCAUGAAAGGCAUUAUUACUUUGACAGGUUUAUUUCCUGUAUUGGUUUUACAAUAAACAGCUAAGCACUGUAAAAGACAA